AGUGAAACAAAGAACGACACAAUAAAAAGGAAUUCGAAAUGUCUCUACGAUGAAAAAUAAAAUCACAAAGCAAUGGAUGAUUUUUCUUAUUAGUGAUAGCAACGUGUAAGUUGGAAUAAUGCAAUCAACACUACCAGUUUUUAUCUCUGGUUUUGCUACACGGAAGUGGUAUACCAACCGAUAUGAAACAAUACAAUUGUCUUCUGCUAGUGACAAACAUGCGUGCAAACGAGUUUGUCAAUAGAAAUGAUAUCGGUUCUGUUGCUGGUUUGGUGCAUCAAUUAUGGGAGCAGUUACAAUGAUUUUCCAUCUCUGAUUACUUCUAAUGCUACCAUGGCUGUCAUCAUUGAUAAAGGUUUCUUCAGUAACAAAGAUGAGUACCAAAAUGCCACAAAAGUAAUACAAGAUCUUAUCACAGAUACUGUGAAAAAGGAGAUGAACUUGGGUAGUAUCUCAAUACGCGUAUUUCGCGAUAUGAAUGUUAAUUUUAAAGAUUAUACAAUUCUUUUGUCUGUCGCGACCUGCUAUCUAACAUGGCGUUUGCACGAGGUCGCACAAAAGGAAGAACUGACACAUUUCGCCAUAACAGAUCCAGACUGUCCUCGAAUUCCAGAUACAGAUGGUAUAACAGUGCCAUCGAUCGUUCCAGGAGAAGAGCUGUCACAGAUUUUUCUCGACUUAAGAAUGACAGAUAUUCUGUCCUGGAACGUGAUCAACAUCCUUCACGACGAUACGUUCGACAGAGACACAAUCAGUAGAGUGUUGAAAGCCAUUUCGAAUAAAUUACCGAACAAGCGAAUGAAUCUAAUCUCUAGGUCGAUUUUCUCGUUGAGACACGGAAACACGGGAAGCGAGAGAAAAAGUUCGGUGAAGAAGACGUUGAAUGAUUUUCACGUGGAACAAUUAGGACAUUGCUUUUUGGUGAUCGCCACUGUCGACAUGGUCGCGGAUGUAAUGUCUGUAGCAAACUCUUUGAACAUGGUUCAUCCAGGUAGUCAAUGGUUGUACGUGAUCACAAAUAGCGUGUCAGGAAAUUUGAUCAACACGACAUUCAUUAAUUUACUGGCAGAAGGAGGAAAUGUGGCUUUCAUGUAUAACGCGACUGACUUGGAUGGUUUCUAUAAAAUCAAAUUAAAAUGUUACAUCAAGGAUUUGAUCGAAGCAUUGGCGAAAGCUUUGGAAUACUCAUUGACGAACGAGAUCGAAUUGUUCAAGAGGAUGAACGAGGACGAGUUCGAAAUGAUCAGACUGACGAAAAGCAAGAGGCGAGCCGAGCUUCUGAAGAAUGUCAGAAUACAUCUUUCUCGAAACACGUCUGCUUCGAACAAUGUUUGUGAACAAUGUCUGUUAUGGAGAUUCUUCUCGUCUAUAACGUGGGGAAAUUUCUUCUCUCAUGAUAAAAAUAUGGCUCACUUAUUGGAUAUAGGAACGUGGACACCUAUUAUCGGCGUAAACCUUACGGAUGUGAUAUUUCCUCACAUCGUGCACGGAUUCAGAGGAAUUAAUUUACCAAUCGCGACUUAUCACAACCCACCAUGGCAGAUAAUUUCUAUGAGUAAAACGGGUAAAAAAUUGUACGAAGGAUUGAUAUUCGACGCGAUCAAUUAUCUCAGCAUGAAACUAAACUUCACGUACACAGUGAUCAUGCCGGAAACGAGUCAGAUUCCGAGAUCCUGGAACACUUCUCAAUUUGCCAAGUUGGGCGAGAAAAUCAAAGAAAUGACCAUGUCGACCACGAAGAAAGUGCCAUUGGAAAUAAUCAAUUUGGUGCGCCAGAAGAAAGUUCUUCUGGCUGCGUGCGCGUUGACCGUGAACGAAUGUGGGAAUACCACAUUCAAUUAUACCGUACCUAUUUUCGUACAGACAUACAGCUUUUUAACAGCGAAACCCAGCCAAUUGUCUAGAGUUCUCUUAUUCGCUUCACCGUUCACCAAGGAGAUGUGGGCCUGUCUGGCUGUGUCCAUUAUCAUAAUGGGUCCGAUUUUAUACCUGAUCCACAAGUACAGCCCGUACAGCACCAAGGCCUCCGGUCUCAACUCCUCCUGGCAAUGUGUGUGGUACGUGUACGGAGCGCUUCUUCAACAAGGUGGGAUGUAUCUACCGCACAAUGACAGCGCUCGCAUACUGAUCGGUAUGUGGUGGCUGGUCGUGAUGGUCCUGGUGGCCAUAUAUUCCGGAAGUCUGGUCGCCUUUCUCACUUUUCCUCGAAUGGACACCUCUAUUUUAAGCGUGGAGGAUUUGAUCGCGCAUAAGGAUAGAAUCAGUUGGGGCUUUCCGAACGGUAGCUUCCUCGAGAUGUAUCUACAGAACGCCGAGGAGCCUAAAUACCACGUUCUAUUCUCCCGCGCUGAGAGGCAUAACGACACAGAGGAGGAGAGAUUGGUGAGACGUGUGAAGGAAGGGAAACACGCUCUGAUCGACUGGAGGAGUUCCCUCAGGUUCUUGAUGAGGAAGGAUUUCUUGCUGACCGGUAGCUGCCAUUUCUCCCUGAGCAUGGACGAGUUUCUCGACGAGCCUAUCGCUAUGAUCAUCCCGUACGGCAGUCCUUAUCUGCCUGUCAUUAACGCGGAACUGCAUCGAAUGCUAGAGUCUGGAUUGAUGAAUAAAUGGAUCACGGAGAAGAUGCCGAUGAAAGAUAAAUGUUGGGAAGCGCCAGGUAGCAAUCAGGCGGUGAACAAACGAAAAGUAAACGUCGCUGAUAUGCAAGGAAUAUUUUUCGUAUUAUUCAUAGGUAUCACGUUGGCUUUCCUCUUUCUUUUUUGCGAGUUCUAUUGUCAUAGGCGUAAGAUAGCCAAGGAACGCAAAUUGAUUCAUCCCUUUGUUUCUUAAAUCUUAUUUUAAGACACGUACAAUUAAGUUAAAUUAUUUUUCUUCAUCUCACAAGAAGGUUCCAUACGAUCAUGGGAUUUCUCCUCGAAGAUAUAAACCAGUCCCACGCAAUGCGUUCAAUUGCACGUAUUACCACUCUUUUUGCUUCCAAUUUCUACUUCUUUUCUCCGAUAAUUACCAUUUCGCUUUUUUUUUUCAUGGCUUAAUCAACAAAAAACAUGGUACCAAUCUACACGACCAGAACUCCUGAAAUUCUUGCUCAAUCCUCCAUUUUCUUGAAAUUCUAUUCCUUGAUCGAGUCGAGAAACAAUCGUUGACGUUAAACGAGGCCAUAAAUCGUUCAUUCAUAACUAUUGAUCCAUUUCCAUAAUUGAUUUAUAUAUAAAAAUCAAACUUAUCGCAUCUUAUUCUAUCGUAACUAACUCAUUCGAUAUGAGAGACGUUGGAUAUUUUUACUUCCAUAUUGCAAAAUGAAAAAUUUCCAAAGAAGUAAAGACGAUCGGUUUGAUAUCCCUUAAUUCUAAAAAAAUCAAAUAUCGUUUCGUGUUAAUGUUACCGAUUUUAAAACGGAGUUGGUCCAUUCGGUGAUUCAAUUCACGCGCAAGGCAGACGUGUAAUAAUUCUCGCCAAUAAAAUGGCGACCAAUGGCCCGAGGACGUUUACAAUUACCAACACGAACGUCUAAUUUGCGGAUAAUGGACGGCACCGGAUAUUGCGUGGAUAUCCACGCAACGUCGAAAACGUUCGAUCCUUUCCAUGACCGAUGUCCGAGGCAUCCUUUUCCAUCUCGUUAGUUGCACGAGAGUCGUGGCGAUGUUUUGUGAAUAAUUUUUUCCGUGAGAUUAAUCUUAAGAAUAUUGUAUUAUUGUACUUAAUAAUAAUUAACAAUAAGUGCAAAAUUAUUAUAAGACGAGACUAUUGUAUCAAUAGUCUCGUCGAUCGUGAGCAAUAAAAAUUCGUUUGGAGAAGAGUAACAGAGAUUGUUCAUUUACCCGUAAAAUUUUUGAGAUAUCGCGUAAUGUACGGGCGCGAUUACGAAAAAUUUGUCGGGUAA